AUGCCGCGCUUCCUUCUCCUCCUCCUCCUCUUCCUCCUCGUCCCGCACCUCGGCCGCGCCGCUAUCCCCAGCCCGGGGAACAGCACGGAACCGCCGCGGGCGGCCACACGGAACGAGACGCAGUGGGAGUCGGAGCAGGGGUCCGGGCCGAGGCUGUCGCUGGGGUCGGGGCUGCCGGUGCUGAGGCGGGCGGUUUAUGUGCUGAGCGCUCUGUCGGCGCUGGCCGCGCUCUACUUCGUGCUGCGGGCGUUCCGCCCCAGGUCCGAGGGCACCAGAAACGAGCCCAAAACUCAUUGCAGGUUGAAGAAGCCCCAGAGGAAGAAGUACGGGCUGCUGUCGAGCCAGGAUGACAACAUCGAGCUGGGCUCCCUCGACAGUGACGAGGACACCGUGUUUGAAACCCGGAACCUGAGGCGGUGA